AUGGGCGAAUGCAAAAAGUGGAACGGCGUUGCGGCCGUAAAGCCGCAUCGGCGGGCGCAAUCAAAAUCUGCAUCGGCCCUCCGCGACGCGGGCACAUCGCACAAAAGAUCGGACGGCUACAAAGAGGUGAGCGAGUCGCGUGGCGCGGGAGGAGCGUCAUUUGCGAUUUCACACGCGCCCGCCGCCGCCGCCGCCACCGCCACCGCCACCGCCAUAGCCACCGCCAACGCACGUGACAUUUCAAUCCUA